GAGGUUCUAAGUGGGAUGGUAUUCAGUAUAAAUCACAGCGCAGAGAGAGAGAGGAGAACGCGGCUGUGGAUUUCAACAAUAAUCCUCAAUUGAUGGACUAAUUUGUGUUAGAACUGAGUCUUUGCGCCUUUCCGAACUUUUGCGAGGCACGUUCCCUGGAACUAACAGAUUUAUCCCGUCAUUUCCGGCACUGGGCAAGGGGCAAGGGGCUGGUUCAGACCUGUGACGAUUCAUCUUCUGUUCGUUGGUUCAAACAGCAUCAGAGGAAUGAGACUGGCUGUUGGCUGCGUCCUCGCAUCCGUCUGCGUCCUGCUGCUCAACUCGAGGUUCUGUCAUGCCAUUCGAUGGCUGGCACUGGCCAGGACUGGCUCCUCGAUUCCCUUCAACCAGACACAGAACUGUAAGCACCUGGAGGGACUGGUCUCUGCACAGCAACAGCUCUGCCGAAGUAACCUGGACCUUAUGCAGAGUAUUGUUCAGGCAGCUCGAGAGGUCCAGAAGACCUGCCGGAAAACCUUCUCCGAUAUGAGGUGGAACUGUUCUUCCAUUGAACUGGCUCCCUACUUCCCACCGGACCUGGAGAGGGGUACCAGGGAGUCCGCAUUCGUCCAUGCUUUGUCCGCAGCUGCUAUCAGUCACACGAUAGCCAGGGCCUGUACCUCAGGGGACCUCCCGGGCUGCUCCUGUGGGCCGGUUGCUUCCGAGGCUGCGGGGCCUGGAUUCCGAUGGGGCGGAUGCAACGACAACCUCAACUACGGGAUCCUGCUGGGAUCCAAGUUUUCUGACUCGCCAAUGAAAAUGAAGAAAACCAGGUCACAAGCAAACAAGCUGAUGAACCUACACAACAGUGAGGUUGGACGGCAGGCCCUCAGGGCAUCAGUGGAGGUGAAGUGCAAGUGUCAUGGAGUUUCAGGCUCCUGCUCGGUUAAGACCUGCUGGAAGGGUCUGCAGGAACUCAGCAACAUCGCCCAGGACCUGAAGCUGAAGUAUCUGUCGGCCACCAGGGUGGUACACCGACCCGUGGGCACACGGAAGCAGCUCGUCCCCAAGGACAUUGACAUACGGCCCAUCCGGGAGAACGAGCUGGUGUACCUGCAGAGCUCGCCGGACUUCUGCACCAAGAAUGUGAAGCUGGGCUCCAACGGGACUCAGGAGAGACAAUGCAACAAAACCUCGAACGGCAGUGACAGCUGCACCCUGAUGUGCUGUGGCCGCGGGUACAACCCUUACACAGAGAAGGUGGUCGAGCGUUGCCACUGCAAGUACCACUGGUGCUGCUAUGUGACCUGCAAGAAAUGCGAGAGGAUGGUGGAGAGGUACGUCUGCAAGUGAGCCUGCCCCCUCCCCACAUCCGACACCCCCUCCCCUCUCCCCCCCCCCCCACUCCCCACCACCCCUUGAGAACAACCCUCGGCGAUACCGGGAGAACCGAAGGAGGGCGUUCGGUCCACGUUUGACGGCUCAGCGUGCAUCAGCUUCCAAUGCCACCUCUGCGACUUGUGCACGUGUGGAGAUACUUGUGCUCCUCCAAGGAUGGUUAUCUCUCCUUCGAACAUCUACUUGCGCUUCUCACUGGAUCUUCAAGAGAAGUAUAGAGGAGGUGGCUUUUAUUGAUCAUCAUUUGUCCUUCUGUGGCGAGUCCCUCACUUGCCUACUCACUCACCCUCUUGCGAAGACCAUCUUUCAGAUCCAAAAUCCAAAAUCCUGUUGCUUUUCCCGAAGAGAUGAGUGAGUGGUUGCAUCUGAUUGCUGAGAGACAGAAGCUAUUGACAUUUGGGAUUGGCGUGGGGGAAAGUUGGGGGAGAUACACAUUCCUGACCCCGAUUGGCAAACUUAUGCCUGACAUCAGGAAAAGGAAAAUGGGAAUUUAAUCCCAUGCUGCCUUCUGUUUCCAUGGAGACUUUCCCAAAUGCAGGAAUUGGAAGUCCGCAAACAGGUAUUUGAUGAGCUUCUAGACUUUGGCAAUAUGUUGUUUGGGAUUUCCCACACCCCCUGUGACAAAUAUACUGUAUAUAUUUUUUUGUAUUACUGGCUACAAAAUAAUUUUUUCAAAAUCUUAAAAAAAUUACUAUUUAUGGAACUUUAGAAUUGUACUUUUUGAGACUUUAAAAACAGAAGUGUU